AUGUCGCACCAAAACGGCUACAUCUACGGGCCUCCCCCAGCUCCGCCUCCGAAAGCCACAGGGCCACCACCACCUUUCAAUUCCAAUCAAAGCAAUCAGUUCUCUCGUGGGAAUUAUGGCAAUCGUGGCCGUGGGAAUAGUAGGCCUGGCGGACGAGGAAAUUUUAACAAUCGGGGAGGUGCCAACCAAGGUCAGGGCAGAGGAGGAUACACGAACUUUGGCACUCAUCCACCCCAUGCGUCUCCGCCCCAGCCAUUGUAUCCUGUAGCCGGAGCUUAUCAAGCGCCUGCUGCAUCCCCAUACCCUCCACCUGUUCAUCAGGCCCCGUCGAGUUACAAUCCUCCAGCUCCACCAUCGACAUUCCAGCCCAGACCUCCUCAUCAGACAGGUCAAUAUCAACCACCCCCUCAGGCGUUUGGGCAUCAACCACCUCCACCACAGGCACGCCCACCUUACCCUCAGGCAACUGCUUAUAACUCGGUUCAGACCAAUUCGUAUGCUCAACCGACGAACAGAUGGCCACAGCCAAAUUCAGUACCUCCACCGCCCCAGCACCAACCUCCCACUGCUACCCCCCAGCCCAUAAGAUUCUUCCCUCAACAGCCCCCUCCACCGACUAGCUACAGUCCAUCUCAGCCCCCACACCCUACUCCGGCUACAACUUACCAACCCAACCAACCGUAUGGGAAGCCACCACCCCCUCAACCUCAACCUCACAGUUCUUUCCAAAACCAAGGUCCUCGGCCUCACCACUCUUAUGCAGACCUCAGAGUGGAUGGCAGAGUGCGCCCACCAGCUCCACCAUCUGUUCCAACAUUUUUCGGGUCUUCCUCACUUCCUCAGCCUCCCCCAUCACUGCCUCCCCACCCUCCACCGCCGUCCAAUUUCAACCAGCACAUGCCAAACCAGCAGCAGCGUCAUAAUCAACAUCAUGGCCAACACCAUAACCAACAUCAAAGCCACAGUCAGCACCAUGGCCAGCAUAAUCGAAACAGAGGGAACUUUGGGCACCGAAAUAAUGGGUUUAACCAUGAUAGGCGCAAUAAGGACCGGGGACAUCGAGGCCACCUCCAGAGUCAAAGCCAACAAUUCCAAGCAUCUCAAAACCAGGAUGUUGACAUGUCUCCUGAGGAAUAUGCCAUCUGGAUGGCCGCAGGUUCCAAGAUCAAAGGUACAAAUAUUACUUUGCAAGACCAGGGUGAGAUUGAUAAGUGGUUGGAAGAGCGAAAGAAGAAAUGGCCAACAAGCGCGAGAGUCGCAGAAAGGAAAGCCGAAGAUGAAGAAAGACAACGGCUAGAUCAAAGCGAGGCUCUCAAAAAGAAGCUUGACUCUCUCAACCAAACUGAAUCACAACUAAGAAAGCGUAAGUUGGACGAAGUUGUCGAUGAUGAUGACAAAUCAAAGCAGCAGAGCAAGAAAAAGAAGAAGAAGAAGAAGAAGAAGAAGCCUCAGGAUGAUGCGCCGGUCGCUUUCGAGGAAAACCCCGCUGCGCCGGAUCUAGAAAUCGCAGAGCCCGCUGGGGAACCAGACAUCAUAACAGUUGAAGAGCCAGUGGACGGUCCUCCUCUCGAACUAUCAGAAUCAAAGCUCGAAAGUGAUGUUGUGGACGCCGAAGCUGUUACACUUGCGGCUUUAGAAGAAGAUUUUCUCGCGAUGGACGAGCUAGUCGAAUCUGGCGAUGCUGAGCAAGUGGAACUUAUUACCGAAUCACUCUUGGAAGGGCAAGAUGAGCCGAUCGAGGCCUCUCUUGCCAACCAAGAACAAGGAGAUGUCACUGUUGAGGAACCGCUAGAUAGUUUCAUUGACCCGAAAGACAGUGAGGACAAGGCCACUGCCGAAGCAGAUGAGGAUUCAGAAUCCGUUGCAAUGUCCACAUCAUCUAGCACUGCCGACUCUGCCGCUGAGUCUGCAGAAGACGGAUCCGACAACGAGUCAGGAUCUGGCGAAGGGUCUGAUGAAUCAGACGAAGAUGCUCCUCCUGAAGAGUCCACUACUAAACCCACCGGCUUGCCAGAGAAACCGCCACCAGCGGCAAAUCCGAACAAGCAGAAGCAGGUAUGUAAGCUCUGGUUAAAGAAAGCCUGCAGGUACGGCGCCAAAUGCAAAUACCUGCAUGAAGGUGGCGUUCCAAAAACAGAAAAGGAGCGACGAGAAGAAAAGAAGCAACAAAAAGAAGCCAAACCAAAGGAGAUGUCGCUGUACGAUAAACUCAUGCAAGCACAAAUGGAAAAAGAAAAUGUGAAGCUCCUCCAAACAAUCAACUUCUUUGUUGAGAAGGAGAUUUUGAAGGUUUGA